UCAUUUGCUACAUUCCUUCUUAAGCGGCUGAAUUUUAUGCAAAUAAAGUCCAUCCUGUAUGCAGCGGUGGUGGGUUCUGAUGUAGUCUGGGAAGUCUCCCAGCUCCCGGAUGCCCUCGCCUUCGCCCCCCAAGCCCUUAUCUCGCAGCUUUUCGCUUCCCACGGGUCGGGCGCAUAAAAGGGAGCGGGAGCUCGGGCCCCGCAGCGUCACCAUGUUCCCGCUGUGCCCACUGCUGCUGACCCUGGCCCUGGCGGCCGUCCCCGGCGUCCGAGGCUCCUGCCCGGCGUCCGCCGACCUGAACGCCAACGGGACGCGCACUUGCGCCAAGCUCUACGACAAGAGCGACCCCUACUACGAGAACUGCUGCGCCGGCGCCGUGCUCUCCUUGGAGUCGGGCGCCGACCUGCCCUACCUGCCCUCGGACUGGACGAACGUCAUCUCCUCGAUCGUGGUGGGCCAGCGCUGCGAGCUCACCGUGUGGUCCCGUCGCGGCAAGGAGGGCAAGUCGCGCAAGUUCUCCGCCGGUAGCUACCCGCGCCUGGAGGAGUACCGCCGCGGCCUCUUCGGGGACUGGUCCAACGCCAUCUCCUCGGUCUACUGCAGUUGCAAAUGACACCUUACGAGAUCACUCAUCUCC